CGAAUGCAAAACCAAUCAGUCCUCAAGACUCGGGUAUCUCUGCUGAUUUUGACGGAACAGGAAUCGUUUAUCAACGCGACGGGCGGGCAUUAUGUUUGGAGAGAUUUUCUUCAAGAAACGUCUGGGUCAUAUGUUCAAUCUGGGGAUUUCUACCAGACGGAGCAGGCUUCGGAAGUACAACGUCCGAUAUGAUUUCAAGUCGAUAUAUAAGAUGUCAAGGAAACGAAACCAGUAUAAAUCAAUGUUCCAGUGGCAUGUGUACCCGGGAUAGAGCAGUUACAGUCACUUGCCAAAAAGGCAAUACGCUGGCUGGUUUUUCGGUGUAUGUUUCUGAUACCCAAAACUGGACAACCGGAAGUAUUUGUUAUCAACAUGACAUCCAAGAGAAACCAAACACCAACAAUAUCAACAUUAAUUGCGUAACUUCCGGUCGUUACGUCACCAUAUACAACGCAAGGAACCAGACAUCAUAUACAGAUGUUUCCGAUAAUGCUUAUAUCAACAUAUGUGAAAUUGACGUGCAAGGUUGUGAAACUGGAUUUUACGGAGCAAACUGCACUAAGUGUCCAGAAAAUUGCUUGAACGGCUCAUGCCAUUUUCAGAUAGGGUAUUGUUUUGAUUGUGAAGAUGGAUAUAGAGGGGCAAUGUGUGAAUCAGAAUGUGCUGCUGGUCUCUACGGAACAAGAUGUUCUCUGACGUGUGGAGACUGUCGUGAUGAAGCAGCAUGUAACAAUAUCAAUGGUUCAUGUCCUGAGGGAUGUUCUGCUGGACGAAGAGGAGAUAGAUGUGAUAAUGUAUGUGCUGAAACCUAUCAUGGUCAAUCGUGUAACUUGAGCUGCAAUGUACACUGCAAAGAUAGACUUUGCGACCCUGUAAUGGGAUUUUGCGAUGCCUGUAUUGAAAAGAGAUCCGGGUACUUCUGUGAAAAUGAAAUUUUCGUAAACAACCCUGCUGCAGUAACCUCGACGAACACCAACAGUCUCCUCAUCGCUGUGGUUGUGGUGUCAGCCAUCUUGAUCCUCACAAUGAUCUCAAUAGCACUGUAUUGCAUAAGGAGAAAUUGCAUAUGCGUACAUUACAACAACCCAGAAUCAGAGUACGAAAAUACAGUAGUUACAAAUGAAAAUAAUGAAUAUAAUGAACUACAGCUGAAGAAGGAAAGUGAUUCAGACGAGAGUGAAACCACUCACUACAUGGACAUUUCCACCAUUGACGUUGUUUCUAACACUGAGUACAUUAACCUUAGUUUCAAAUAAUGCAAUUUGUGUUAGUGUAUGAGGCGGGGUGUCUCUAUUCGCUUUGAUGAAAACAUUCAGAAAGCUUAUCACUCACUCAGUUCGCAUUUAAUUUACUUACUUCUUUACAGCUUCCUGUUUAGAUCAUGCAAUGUGAAUGAAGAAUAAUGUCAAGCUUUGUCACUGCAUAGAAACAAAGAUCGAAGUUCGUUGUAAUUUAAAAUAAGUGCAUAUGGGUGGUUGGGGUUGAAUUGAACAUAAACCUUCAACUGGGACAUUAGUAUACAGUCAUGUAUUUACGCAGAUUUUACGUUGCAUGUGCAUUACUAAGAAUGUAGAUUUUUUAUUUUCAUAAUUUCAAAACUAUGAAUACUAUAAAUUAAGAUUUCAAACACUAAUAAUAUAGUCAGGUGGUAGAAUUAGACACAUAUGUCUGCGUGUGAAAUACGUUCGCACAUGCAAGUAAAUACAUGAAAUAUGCCAAUUGGAACUUUUUUUCGAAUAUGCUCAAUCGAUUAAUUUAACAGUCAAUAUGUAAUUUGCAUACAUGUAUAAUUAUGCAUGUAUGGCAAUGGGUGUUUUCUUAUAAUAGUAUCAAGGAUAUACAAUGUGAUUAUAGGCAUAUGCUCUGAAAACUUAUGUUGUCCUCUCUCUACACACAGUGUACAUGUAUGCAAAGUGAAGAUAACGAACAGUGAUUAUGAUAUGUGUACACACAUUAUGAGUCACAGUACAUUGUAGGACAUAAUACAUGUGCUUAUAAUAUUAAUAUCAUUUGUUUAAGAACAUUUCAAUUCAAAUCUUAACUGAAUCUGUCAGGUUUUCUAAUAUAUCUUUGAAAAAUACAAAAUAAUUUAACACAAUACGAAUCAUCGUCUUAUAAAACAUAUGGUGUCAACGGUUUGAGUUUUAUGAAGUCCAUAAAAAUGACCAUAAAUAUCCUUCCUAGCCUUUGCGAAUUUUGGGCAGAAGAAAAAAAUAAUGGUAUGCAUCUUAUACUUAUAAUAUUCACAUGAACAUAACGUGGUUGCAGUAAUAGAUCAUUGUUCAUAGUACACAAUUGUGACAAAAUCUAGUACCUAGAUGUACGACCAUAAGUGGUAAUUUAGCUUGCCGCAUUAUUUAUGUUUUAUAAUUUGAGAUUGAAUGAGCAUUUCUAAUACCAAUAGAAAGGCAGUUGACCUGUAAGGAUGUAAUGCUUUCUUCAUUUUAUCGACAUCAAAUGAAUAUUUUACGCCUAUUGAAUCGACUCGUGACAAUGCCGGGCGACAGGCUUACGAAAACAAAAACAUGUGGGAUAUGGAACAAUCACACAACAUAAAUUGGUCAAAUACAGUCAAAUUCCUUUUGAAUCUCUUGAUAUGACAGAAUAUUUCCUAAAUCGUAUUGUCUGUAACUUGAACACAGUGGAAGAAAAACUUCGUCGGGAAUUUAUGAAUGACUGGAAUGAAGAGGUCCAUUACGUUCCAAAACUUAGAACCUACCGAACCGCAAAAAAAUAUUCAUGAGUGAUUUUCAAACAGAAAUAUAUGUAAUGAUGAAUAUUCCAAAAAGUUAUCGUUCUAUACUUGCCUAGUUAAGAUGUGGUGUCUUACCUAUAAGCUUUUAUUAUGUGGAGAUUUUGAUGGCAAACUAGGUAGAGUAUGAAUUGUUUGACUGUACAUAUUCAUUAAAUCGCAAAACAAGUAAAAGUUUAUGAGAUUAAAUAAAGGAACAGUUUGCUUUAGUUCUAUAAUAUGCAAAACAUUGACUUUGCGUAUCGAAAACAGCCGUUUUCCGCAUCCAUUCUUUUAUA